GCAGAGGCAGAGACAACUCAGUCGUUUGCAGUCUCCCGAGUCAAACGGAUCGUUUGGCAUCAAGGAGCAACAUACGCAAACAUCUUGUAUUUCACUGUUCAUCGAUAUAGUUGUACCAAGCCUAUACAUGACAAUGGCGCGGCUACCUAUCGUCACGGGCCUCGCUCUUCUCGCACUCAUACAUGUCACAAUGUCAAUCAGCGUGCAAGAGUUUUUCCCAGAAAUCAAAAACAACCUGACGAUGAUUAAGUGGUCCCACGCUACGAAUAAUAAGGCUAAGUUGGAUGCAGCCCUCGAGUCAAGUGAGGUAAUGAUGAUCGAAGCAGAUGUGGUCUUUGGAUAUCAGAUAUUGAGUAAUGGAUCAACGUCAACUGUGCCGACUGCAGUCAUGGCUCAUCCACCUGACAACACGAGUAACCUGAUUCUUUCUGAUUUCCUCCAGACUGUUAAGAAUCAUAACAAAGCCAAUAAAACGAAAAAAGGAGUCAAACUCGACUUUAAAUCUAAAGAUGCUUUUUCAAACUCCGUAUCUAUAAUCGCAGGGACAGAUUCAUUCAACGCACCUCUGUGGGUGAACGCAGACAUCCUUAAAGGACCCGUAGAUGCAACCAAUGACCCUAUGCCAGUUGAUCCCGUAGAUUUUUUGACCAAAGCAAAUCAAAACUUCGCGGCAAUCAAACCGGUUUUAUCAAUUGGCUGGACUACUAGGUAUGUGCCACCCGUGGGAAACGCAACAACCACCGGCAACUAUACCACCCAGCAGGUGAAGGAAAUGUUAAAGCUCGUGAACGAGACAGCAAACACCAAUCUGCCGAUAACUUACCCUGUGCGCGCUUGCUACGCCGCCAAUUCCAUGGAGACAAUGAAGUCCCUCCUAGCCGACACUCCAGCGAAAAACAACGCGACCCUUACUGUUUGGUCGGCUGAUGACGAUAAAGUCGACACCGACAAGCUUUCCGAACUGAUUAAAGCUAUUGGCGUUGAAAAAGUCUACAUCGAUGUCCCUAAGAGCAUUUUAGACAAACUUGAUGUCAGUUCGGCCUUCAUCGCCAACAGCUCAGUCUUUGUAGUUUUUGCUUCGAUGAUCGUUGCCCUUGUCACCGCAAAACUUGUGUGAACGUCAAGCCUUCAAAAUAAUUAAAUUAUUCUGAAUCAAUGAAAAACAAAAAAAGAACGGGCCAAAGCAGAGAAUUAUGAUUAAUAUAGGCGAGACUGUCAGGAUUGGAAGGAUUCGAAUUAAUGCGCUUGUAAACAAAGUUUAUUUUGACUUGAUCAUUUUUACGAUAGUAUCAUUUGUAUGAAACUAUCGUGUAUGGUAUUAUUUAUCUGUUGAAACUUCAUACUGUUUUUUUAAGUUACUGCUUUUGUUAAAUUAAAAAAAAAAGAUCUUUACUUAAUUCUUCAUGGGAAUUCAUUUUAAAUGACAGGAACGACAGUGCGAACUGUCAGAAAAAGGCCAGUUAAAUUCACAAAGCCAGAGUUAUCUCAUUUUUUGUAUUAAGUUAACUUAAAAAAUUCGCACAAAGCGCUUGCAAACAUUUCGGAUACAAGUUUAUAACGAAGCAUUGUUUUUGUGAAUUUAACUGCGAAUUAAAUUACGAAAAAAAUACAUUUAGAGUGUUCAAAUGUUAUUGUAAUAUUCCAUUCGUCGUAAUAUCAAUUUUUUAACUAUGACAUACAAGACGUAACAAUAUAAAUGCAAAAUGAAUUUAAGAAAGCGUCAUUCAAUGACAAACCAAAAUGAUGAUAAAAGUAGACGGUUAUAAACCUAAAUACGUUUAAGUUCUUACUUUGAAAAACCUUAGCUUCCAGGUUUCUUGUACUCAACGUAAACUUUUAUUGCAUUUAGGAUUAAAAAAGAUUACGAUAAACAUGUUCAAGUUAAUAUGUGCGCUUCUAAUAUGUCGAAAUUCAAUGUUAAAUAUUAAAUAGCUUGAAGUUGUGUGAAACUCUGAUUUUUUUUUUGACAAAUUUUGCUUUCAUAUAUAAUUACUUGACAAUUAAAAGUCGUACUUGUCUAAUCUCUUCAGUUUUCAUCGAGAAUAAUUACAAUAAAAUUGUCAUUUUUAAUGUAUUACUGUUCACCUGUUCAAGUUAAAUAUAUAACGAAUUAGAAAAAAAAAUACGUAUCAGUGAUAAAAUUGUUAUAAAAUAUUAAUGUUUAAUAUAUUCGACAGCGAAAGACAUAACGUGAAAGUAACAUAGUUCUGUUCUUCGUAAGCUUCCAAGAAUAAUUUAAUUUUCCUUAGAUUUGCAUUAAAAUAUCUUUCCAUAGAAAAUAGUGUUCAAUAUUUUAUAGGUAACAACGUAAUAUGUAAGACGAACCAUAGAUUCGUUGACAUGCGCUCGGCUGAUAGGCCACUUUGUUGAAAAAUAUACUGUCCAUACCUUUGAUAAUGAUACAGAGAUAUAGUCAUUACGUACUCGUUACAUUUUGUCAUCAUCAUUUAUUUUUUAUGUAAAACAAUCAAAGUUUUUCAGAAAUAAAGAAAAAUUCAAACCAACGUUACAGACUAACAUUU